UUGUGCCGGUGGCUGCUCGCCCUUUUGUACCAAAUCAAGAUGUCUGCAGGAAAGGCCUUCAUUGGAAAGCCAGCCCCUGACUUCACUGCCACGGCGGUAAUGCCAGAUGGGCAAUUUAAAGACAUCAAGCUCUCUGACUACAAAGGAAAAUGUGUUGUGUUCUUUUUCUACCCUCUGGACUUCACUUUUGUCUGUCCAACUGAAAUUAUUGCAUACAGUGACAGAGCUGAUGAAUUCAAGAAAAUUAACUGUGAAGUAAUUGGAGCUUCUGUUGACUCUCACUUUUGCCAUCUUGCCUGGAUCAACACUCCUAAGAAGCAAGGUGGCUUGGGUACUAUGAAAAUUCCAUUGGUUUCUGACACAAAACGUGUCAUUGCCAAAGAAUAUGGUGUCCUUAAAGAGGAUGAAGGUAUUGCAUACAGGGGUCUGUUCAUAAUUGAUGAGAAGGGGAUCUUAAGGCAGAUAACAAUCAAUGAUCUUCCCGUUGGUCGUUCUGUUGAUGAAACACUUAGACUUGUGCAGGCUUUCCAGUUUACAGAUAAGCAUGGAGAAGUGUGCCCAGCUGGCUGGAAGCCUGGCAGUGACACAAUCAAGCCUGAUGUUGAGAAAAGCAAAGAGUAUUUUGCCAAGCAGAAGUAAACUUCAGUCCAAGUGGAAACUAGUAUGCCUUACAUAAAGAGCAAGCAGCAGUUAUUGAACUCUAAAUUGUUGCAUCUGAGUGGAGGGAUCAUGCUGUAGGUAUAAACUGUAACUUUUUUACUUGAAGGAAAGCUUGUCCUGUUGACAAUGCCUUCAUAGAAAAUCGUAAUGAUCACUUUCGGUGUAUCAUCCCCCAUUGACUUCAGUGACAAUGCAGUGUAUGUGGAUAGUCAUGUGUUGCAUAUAGAGCAGUAGUAUCCUUUUGUAACUCUAUUAAACUUGUGGAAAGAGCA